AUGGCCACGCCGUCCUCGUUCCGCGUCGAGAUCCGCCCGCGCCAGGACACGAGCAAGUACCCGCCCGUGCUCGAGGUCGUCGACCAGGCCCACGUCCCCAAGGAGUGGCUCGACGCCCUCAAGACGGCCGUCUCUGCCGGCAAGAUCCCCGACAUCCCCGCCUCGGUCCUCGACAAGGCCACCGGCGUCAACACGUACCCCAACGGCGUCGGCACCGACCCCAAGACGUGCUCCUGGACCAUCAACCAGUGCUACGGCAAGAACGAGCUGCACGAGGCGCCCGACGGCAAGAUCGCCGUCAACUUCGACGACGGCCCCACGACCAACAGCGACUCGCUCUACGACUUCCUGGGCCAGAACAGCCAGUCGGCGACCCACUUUAUGAUUGGCUCCAACGUCGUCCAGAACGCGGCGCAGUUCAAGAAGGCCGUCGACCUGGGCAACCAGCACUUUGCCGUCCACACGUGGAGCCACAACCUCAUGACGACGCUCACCAACGAGCAGAUUGUCGGCGAGCUGGGCUGGACCAUGCAGGCCAUCGCCGACCAGAGCGGCGGCUACAUCCCGCGCUACUGGCGCCCGCCGCAGGGCGACAUUGACAACCGCGUCCGCGCCAUCGCCGAAGAGGUCUUUGGCCUGACCAGCGUCAUCUGGAACAAGGACACCGACGACUGGUGCCUCGACGACCAGGGCGGCUCCUCGUGCUCCGACGAGCAGCCGGACAAGAUCAAGGGCUCGGUCAAGCCGUGGAUCACGGGCCCCAAGUCGCCCGGCCUCAUCAUCCUCGAGCACGAGCUGACCCACGCCUCGAUCGACAUCUUCAAGGGCUACUACCCGGACCUCAAGGGACUCGGAUGGGAUGCAAUGAACAUUGCCCAGCUCUCGGGCGCCGAGUGGUACAAGAACGCCGCUGACUCCAAGGCCAAGCCCGACGACCGCAAGCUGCUGGGCGCCUACCAGAGCGCCGCCCCCGCCGCCGCCUCGUCGACCUCGAGCGCCGCCCCCGCCGCCAAGACGUCGUCGGGCGCUUCGGGCCAGGCGGCGUCGUCGAGCGGCGCCGCUUCCGCUGCCAAGUCCGGAUCCACCCAGCCGGCGACCAAGAGCAACCAGACGAGCGGCGCCGCCUCUUCGACGACCGGCCUCGGCAUGGUCUCGCUGGCCGCCGUCGUCGGAGGUCUGGCCUACCUCCUCUGA